CUGGCCAGUUGUGUGCAAUAACUGAGAAACGACUGAAAGGGAAAUAUUUCUGUCACGACCGAUCUCUUUCUCUUUUCCUAUCCCCCACCCCUCCCACCCUGUGGCGGGCAGAGACUUGCUUGUUUACUGUGUUGGAUCGCUCUCGCCUCCGGUUUUGCCGCCUUCCUUCGGGCAAGGCGAUCGGGAGUUCCAAUUUCGACAUUGCUGGCGUUGUAUCUCCCCGGCGUGUGUCUCCAAGGAUGGGAGAACUGGAAAUUGAGAAGCAUGCCCAAUAUAUAUUAUCUGUAGAAAAGCAUGAAAUUAGAGAAAGGAUGAAUUCGAAUCUUUGGUCAUGGAACAUUUAAGGAUGAAUGGUGCAUAUUGGGGUUUGACUACAUUGGACCUUUUGGGAAAGCUAGGAGAUGUUGAUCAAGAGGCAAUCAUAUCAUGGGUGCUGAAGUGCCAGCACGAGUGUGGUGGUUUUGCUGGGAAUAUUGGUCAUGAUCCACACAUUCUCUAUACACUUAGUGCCGUCCAAAUUCUUGCCCUCUUUGACAGGCUAGAUGUUGUUGACAUUGAAAAAGUGACAGACUACAUUGCUGGGCUGCAGCAAGAUGAUGGUUCCUUUUCAGGUGAUAUAUGGGGUGAAAUUGAUACAAGGUUUUCUUAUUGUGCAAUAUGUUGUCUUUCAUUGCUUCACCGCUUAGACAAAAUCAAUGUGGGAAAGGCUGUAGAAUAUAUAGUAAGCUGCAAAAAUUUUGAUGGUGGAUUUGGUUGCACACCUGGAGCUGAAUCGCAUGCUGGCCAAGUUUUCUGUUGUGUGGGUGCUCUUGCUAUAGUUGGUGCCAUGAAUCACAUCAACAAGGAUUUGCUUGGGUGGUGGUUAUGUGAGCGACAAGUGCAAUCAGGGGGACUUAAUGGGAGACCGGAAAAGCUUCCUGAUGUGUGCUACUCGUGGUGGGUUCUUUCUAGCUUGACAAUGAUGGAUAGGGUCCACUGGAUAGACAAGGAUAAGCUUGCAAGCUUUAUAUUAGAUUGUCAGGACAAAGACAAUGGAGGGAUUUCAGACAGGCCAGAUGAUGCUGUCGAUGUCUUCCACACCUUCUUUGGAGUAGCAGGUCUUUCCUUGCUGGAGUACCCGGGGUUGAAAGCCAUUGAUCCAGCUUAUGCGUUGCCUGUACCCGUCGUCAACAGGAUUUUCUUCAGCAAAUGAAAUCUGAUCCGCCCGGGUUUUAUGACUUUUAGCCUGCGAGCUUGCACUUUUGAAGGAUUGUUUAGUUGAGAAUCAUCUGACUGAGAAGUACCCAGGCUCUCAAACAUUGGAAGGCGUCAAAGAAAUAACAAUGCACUCUAAUUGGCCAUCGCCUGUCAUAUUUUCUCUUGACCGUGCCUUCUCUUUGACUAGGUGAGAAGUAUCAUAUGUUUCACGGAGCAUUUUUCUGAAUGUCUGUUAGUUUUUGUUAUGUGUUUAAAUUUAUGGAAACAAGAAUGCAGGAAAAAGAAAAAGAAAAUCUCUCUC